AUGCAGCCAUCCGUUUUAGCCAUCUUCAUUUUAUCAUUAACCGAAAUCAUUCAAGGUAGUCCAAUUAAAUUGGCCAAGAAAUCGGUUGAGGCGAGUAGCAACAGACAAAUGCUGGGAAAAAAAGCUGUUCAAGAAAUAAUUUCUUUGCAUCCAAUAGAUUCAUUUGAAAAAAGACAUGACAACACUCAUAGAAGUAGUGACAGAUAUAGUACCACCACUGGAAGAUAUCGUCCAAGUUCAAGCAGUACUGUAAUCAAAAAUAAUGGUUCAGAUGGAACCGAAAUUUCCAACAAUGGAUCUGGAAGUAAGACUGCAAUUAGUUCAAGUAGUGUGAAGGAAAUUUCAGAAGGGUUACAUCCCGAUAGAUGUUUCUCCUUCAAGGGACGAAAAACAUGCGGUUUUGACUUUCAUUUUACACAAACAACCGCUGCAGUUCCUGGAUAUGAAGCUAUUGCAAAUCGACAACAAAGAAAUGAAACGAAUAUUAGCGAUGACGAGUCCAUUUCUUUCUUGAUGUCCAGGGAUAGUCGUGAACAGGAUGUACCUGCUUAUGCAAACUUGUUUAUUGCUCCUAUUUUGGUGUUAAUAAUAUUGUUACUUGGAUGCUUGGAAUCCACCCAACAUAUUUUUGGUAUAUUGGGUUGUACCAAUUCUUUAUUUAGUUCAACACCAUCUAUCUAA